AUGAACUUUAGUGAAAUCUUUCCAGGUGUAAUAUUUGCUUAAUUUGCACCAAAUAGCAAAUACAUUGUGUUAAGUAAUGGAACAAGAGUAAUUGUAAAAGAAUCUGAUUAAUUACAAUCAAUUAAUUUUACACAUUCAUAAAUUAAUGAUGCUUAAAUACAAUAAAUAGAAAUAUCACCUAAUAGUGAAUUAAUUGCAUUAAGUUAUCCAAAAAAGGGAUACGUAGAAAUUAGAAAAAUAGAUGAAAUUAAUUGGUGUGCAAGAAUUGAUGACAGUGUUGAAACUAUUUAAUGGUGUCCAGAUUCUAUUUAAUUAGCUGUUAUUAGUGAAUUUUAAGUAAAAAUAAAUAAAAUCAUUAUAGAUUAAAGCAUCAAUUUACAAUUUGAAUAACAAAAACGUGACUCAUUUUAAAAACCCAAAAUAAAUUUCAUUUAGUCAUAAUGGGAGAUUCAUGGUAAUGAGCGAAAGAAAGGAUGCUAAAGAUUUUAUUGGAAUUUAUAGUGUUAGAGAUUGGAAAUUAUUGAAUUAUCAACCUUCUGAUACCUUAGAUACAGCAUUAUUACAAUGGUCACAUAAUGACUCGUUCAUUGGAGUUUAAGACACUGAAUUAAAUGUAAUUUGUUUUAUCGAAUAUUGAUUAGUUUCGACUCAAUCUUCAUUGUCCUUGUUAAGGUCUAUAAAUGAAAUUUGAACCUUAUUCAUAUUCACUUGGUAUCAAAGUUAGUAGGUUUGCUAAUUAAAGUGAUUUGAUGGCUGUUGGAGCUAAUGAUGAAAAAUUAAGAAUCAUUAAUUUACUGACACUUAAAUAAAUAACAGAAUUAGAGCAUAAGAUUACAAAGGAUGUUUUAAUCUAUAAAGAAGAAGAGUAUUCUGAUUAAUAUUCAUAGAGGGUAGUGACUAAAUGUAAUAUAAUAAUAUGAUAAUUAGUUACUUAAAUGGAAUAAGGUUGUAAAAUCAAUAUCUCAAAGAACCAAAAUGGUAUUAGUUUAUUGGAAUGGAGUUAUAAGGACGACUAUAUUGCCACUAAGUUUGAUGGAAUGUAAAAUUGUGUCUUCAUUUGGGACAUGGAAUUAUUGACCUUGAAAGCUAUAAUGGUUUAAAUAUUACCUGUUAAAUCUUUUACAUGGUCGAAAAAUUCUACAACUCUAACAGUUUGUACUGGAAGUAGUAAGAUAUUCUUUUGGAAUCCAACAUGUACAUCUGCUUGCGAUAUGCCAUUCGAUAAGAACUUCCAUGUUGUAAAAAUAGAUUGGAGCACUGAUCAAAAAAGUAUGUUACUUUUUGAUAAAUCCGAUGUUGUUGUUGCUUAUCCAACUUUAGAUGACAGUUUUUGA